AUGCCCCCUAGACGAGCACUCUCGAACGGCAGUAGCAGGCGCGAAGACGUAAAGGGUUCAUCUGUGUCCUCGGGGGAAAGCCUGUACAAGUCUGUGGCUAAUGGAAAGGCAGCGGCCUCUGAAAGGGCUCGCGAGCGCAAGCUCCGCGAUGACCCUCUCGUUACCGUGCAAAGUCCGCAGCUCGUCGUAUGCAACCGCUGCGGUGCCGCCAUCAAGCUUUCCCUCAAGAGUGCGUAUGACCCCUUCCACUGGCAACGACAUCGCGAACGCUGCCUCAAGCGCCCAGAAGCCGUCGUGCGCGAGCUCAGAGAUGCCAACGGCAAGACGCCUACCCCGGACUCAGAUUGGUCUGUGAACUUCAAGAAGCAGAUGGUGUGCCAUGCACCAAGCGGGACAAGCACGCCACCGCUCGUGUCCGAUACCGAAGAAGAAGGCGACCGUGCAAGCUCGAGCAACGAUAGCGAGGACACGCCAUCGCCCGUGACACGUCCCCGCGCGCUCCCGUCCUUCCCGCUCUUCGACCCAGAGCGGUCGGCGCUGUACGCGACUUGCGAGCUGGGUUCGCAGGCGUUUGAGCGCUGGCACAUUUUUUCUCAGCGCGCGCUCACGUACGACUCCAGCGCCGAUUCCUCGGGGGCGGACUGCCUCUCCUGGAGCCCCGAUGCCGAUGAGCACUUCGACCCGCUCUACUGGCCACCACGUAUCACCUUCCAGGAAAGCCAGCUGCGCUCAACUUCCUGA